CGAGCGGUGUGAACACGGUCGUGAGGACUGAAUCCGAUCUUGCAGAAGAUCCGGGUUCAUACUUCAUACGGUAGGGCUCACACCAUUUACUCGGUGUGAUCGCUCUCACGUGAUCAUCAUCCAUAAAUCUCAUUAUGAUGCGAAGAGUACCCUCAACCUGGCGCAGAAACAGCGGUUUUGCAAAGGUAACGAAAGAGAGCGAUGGAAAACGGUGGGAAAGCAAAUGGUGGAGAAGAGAAGGAAAAGGUGGUGGAGAAGCUCUGCAGACGUUGCAAAGAAACGUUCAACCCUUCCUCUAACAACACAUCUUCGUGCAGGUUUCACCCUUCAUUCUUCGUUUCUCGAAGACAUGACGAUCAGAAGAGGUUUUUGCAACAUGUAGGCCACGUGUUGCAGAGAACAUGCAACAACUUAUUCCUUCAAUCUGCUGCAAGUUGGUCUGAUUUGAUGCACAACAGAUUUGACAUUCUAAGCUCUCACUCAGACAUUGAAACUCUCCGGAUCCUCAAAAAUGCUGUCCUAGUGAAAUCUUACUAUGCCUUGUAUUGCAACAACAAACUUAAUAAUGCUUUGAUUAAGUAGUUUCCUUUCGAAAGACUUUGCCUUCUUACCAGUCUUUUUGUUUUAUUUUUCUCUGCAUUCUAUUUG